CGUACAUCUUUGUUUCUUCUUUCCGAAACUCUUCAAUUGCAAGAAUUAUAGCAGAAUUGAUAUUGUCACAGUCUAGUAGGCUACUGGAAGUCAGUAUAAGUAUACUACCUCAGAGGCUCUCAUGUUUCUACUUCCACUCCUUCAAAGCAGAUUGUUUUGCACACAAAUUCCAUUAUGCCACAUCUAGUCGUUCUCGUUCUCCGUGCAGGCCCCAAAACUGGCAUCAAUGUAGCCAAAGCCUUCGGUGCAAAGGGAUAAAAAGUCGUUCUUGCAUCUAGCUCCUUCGAGAAUGCCAUCAGUCCAAAGGGCUACCUCCAGGCUACUCGGAGGACCUUACUUGACAACCAAGAUCCACUUAGUGAUUUGCUUCCAUGAGUUACCUUUUAUCUACACAGGCAACAAGCUGAAUGUAAUGACGAUGCCAAACACCAUCACAUUCGGCAUGAGCAAGUCUGUUGUGGCACAUCUAAUCAAGACUGCUGUUCAAGCAUAUAGAGCGAAAGGAUACAAGUCAAUUAUUCAUUGUUUCCGUCAUGAAAGGCGGGAUUGCGCUGAUAAAGCCAGGUUCUACUACACGGUCGAGAGAUUGAUCGAUGGUACACAUGCUGGAGUCAAAUAUGAUGGACCAGCAAGGGGGAAAGAGUAUGUUGACCUUGCUGGUGAUAAAGAACAGCGAGAGUGGCAUUAUACGUUUGUGAAGGAGGUUGGAUACGUCGAUUUCAGUGACUUGGAUAGCAAGUUUGUUUGA